UAUUACAAAAAGUACGCCAGGAGUGACAUACAACGACGCAGUUACAUCCACUGAAAGCCAGCGACUGCAGGAUGGAGAACCGACCAGGGAAAUCGCGCAGCCGACCGUAUUCGGACGAAUCUUUAGAUGCCGUGAUACCUUCAUUUCCAACAUCAAUGCGAUCAUUUUUUGACCAAGCAAGUGAAUCUAGUGGCACUUUAUCAGUCUUAUCAUUAUUUACAAAUGAAGACACAAAUAAAUACAAGCGGGCAAUUGAAUUCCUGCACAAUGACAAUGAUUUCUUGAUAGCGGCUGAAAUUGGAGACGAAAAGAUGUUACAAAUAUUACUAAACCGAGGAGCUAAUAUAAACGACAAAGACCAUUUGGGUCGUAAUGCUCUCCACUUAGCUGUUUGCUCGGGAAAUCAACAUGCGGUUUUGAUGCUGCUAAGAGCUGGAGUGGUUGUCAAUAUAAAAGACCAUUUGGGCAUGACACCGCUUUCCUUGUGCUUAAUGAGAAGACCAUCUUGGCGAAUGGCGUCAAUGUUAUUCGACCAUGGCGCUGCACUUAUGCCAAGGUUAACUCCAAUGGACACUGGUUUAUUCCUACAAUUUGUCAUGAUGUGUAUUCCAACAAGAGAAGAAGAACGAAUACUACGUCUUCUCGUGGAGAAAGGAGCAGUAGUUAAUGACCCUGAUGCACCGGGUGGGCGACAAUCUUUACAUUUUGCGGCCAUGAGCAACAAUAUUCGUCUUAUUAAUAUCCUAGUGGACUUAGGAGCUGAUUUAUAUGCAGUCAAUCACAGAAAUCAAACACCUAAAGAAGUCGCAGCGAUAUUCAAUUGUAAAGAAGCGUUCGGUCUUUUGGAGCAAUUCGAAGAGCUCUGCAGUUUAAUUGUCGAUAUCGAUGAAGAUGCUCUACUAGGCUCGACUUCACGAAACAUUAUUGGGGACAAUUUGAAACGCAAUCACUAA